CGACUGUGCGGUGUUGGAUUGAGCAUGCCUGGCUGCACGAGCCGCACCAUCACAACACGGUUCAGAGAUGGCAGCGCUGUCAUCACCGCUACGAGCCUGCCGAGGAAUACUAAAAGAACUACGUGCACUCCAAGGACCGACUUAUAAACGCUCACUGGCUUACAACUAUGUAAUGGAACAGUUCCGUAAGAAUAAGGUAACGGGAGAAAGAUACUGCCGAGCCCAGCACGAGGCAAGCCACAACUCGCACACAUACCUGUGUUUGCUGGCGUCCACCAGGACCCACAUGGCCCUGCACAACCUGUACCACGGCAAAGGAGACAUCAGCAUAGAGCAAUCGGCUGGCCUGGUGGGGCUCAGGUUGCCCACUCAGCCCGGAGGCAAAGGCUGGGAGAAGUGAGGACAUCGGGAGGACGCCACGUCGGAAGGAAAACUUGACCUCUCUGUGGCUGAAUCAUCUGGUCUCAUACGAUUCCCCUCAUGAAAAAGUGAACUGUGAAGUGGUUAAAUGUUUGACUGGAGUCUGGCAGACGGAGAGAUCGCAUCACGGACAGCUUCGAGGGAACUCGCCUGUUUAUUCCUGUUGUGUUGUUCCACCAAUGUUCAAUAUGAGGAUGAUCUGAUCUGAGAGUGUUUGAAGCAACUGUGAAAAUGUAUACUAUGAUUAAAAUAAAUCAGUUGUUUGGCUGUAAAUAUACUACCGCUUGUCCACACUUGCUUUUGUUUGUGUUUUGGCAUUUUUCCUAACUGUAAAAAGGCAAAAGGAACCAUUCAAAUGGACUGAAAGUACAUUUUUAUUGUUAUUCAUUUAGAUAUCAGUCACAGUUUGCUUCACACAUGAUCACACGUUAUAACACAUUAACAAAUAACCUGCUCGUGUAUCAAUUAAACUGGAAGUUAAAUCCA